AUGCCAGACUUGCUGCUGGAGAAGGGCUAUGUCACCACGCACAUGAUGCUCCCUGCGCGAACUCGUGCGGGAAUCCUGGCCACUGUGAAGCAGCUCAACGACUACUUUGUCCGUUUGCCAACUGAGUUUGAGCUUGGCUAUUUGGGCCGCGGCUCUUCGCGUGAUCGGGUGGCGAUGUUGGAGUCACUGGAGUCCGCUGCAGCGUCGAGUUUGUUGGCACAAGAGCAGAGUGUGGCCGAGCAUUUACGCCUCACGCGAUUGGGCUUGUUGGAGACCUUCGGCUUCCGGCUCUCCAGCCGCACCACCCUGCUGCUCCGCCUGAGCGGUGGAGCUGCGUCGGAGGAGCCGGAGCCUGCGGAGCCGCCGAGUGCCGCAGAGGCGGAAGCUUUCCUUGCGCUCAUGGGCCGUAAGCGCCUGUGCCUCUUGCGCUUCUUGGGGCCGGGUGGUGGAACUUUGCGACUCAUCCCUCGGAAGGAUGAAGCAGAGGUCACGAUGGAUGUGUGCAUCAACAUGCAAGUAGUUUUCCUCACCCAGCAGUACGAUUAUCAGUUCGACUCAGAAGGAGAGUGUUUGGUCUUGCAGAGCUUCUUCCUGGAGGAGCCUUUGCAGUUGGUCUUCCAGAAGGCUGAGGGCCGCUUCUCGUCAGCCUUGACCACGCCGGUGACGAAGACGCCCAAGGGUCAGCAGGUCUUGGUGAAAGGCAUGGCUUCACGCGAUCCUUGUGAGGCGGACCUGCACGAGAAGCUUUGGGCCGCUGUUCGACAUGGCGGCUGUGACGGCUUCCUUGAGAUCCCAAAGACCAGGUUUGACAUCGAUCAAUACGUGGACUAUGAGGAUCAACAGCGGGCAAUGAGUAGUUUCAAGAGCUACUGCCGUCAUCAAGGCCACAUUGAAGGAAUCGAGAUCUUUGAUGCCUCAUUCUUCAACAUCAUGGAGCAGGAGGUUAGAGGCAUGGAUCCCGAGCAGAGGAUAUUCAUGGAAACAGGCUGGAUGGCGCUGGCAGAUGCCGGCUACAAGCGAGAGCAGGUGCGGAUCGACUCCGCCCACUUGGGGGUCUUCGUCGGAAUCAGUGGCUCUGAUUGGCGGGAUGUGUGUCGAGCACCAUCAGCUAAUGGUGUGCCGGAGACAUUCAUUGCGAAUCGAUUCAGCUAUGUGAUCAAUUUGAAGGGUCCUAGCUUCAUUGUCAACACCGCUUGCUCCGCCUCCUUGGUGGCACUACAUAAUGCAAAGACGCAUUUGCUCAUGCCGCAGGAUCCGCUGGAUGGAUGCCUCGUGGCGGGCAUCAGUCUGAACGUGUCUCCUGGGACUUGGAUUGGGAAUUGCGCAGGAGCGAUGCUUUCCUUCCGUGGCCGUUGCUUCAGCUUCAACGCCACUGCGGACGGCUACGGGCGGGGCGAAGGCUGCGCUGCGGCUGUGAUCGAGCGGGGCAAGUACAACAGGGAUGAUGACACCACCUGCGGCUCCCUUGCAGCCAGCCACACCAACUCGGAUGGCCGCUCCGCGAGCCUCACCGCGCCCAACGGCCCGGCGCAGCAGCGGCUGCUGCGAGCAGUUCUUGGGGAGGCACGCUUGCAGUCCACACAACUGGACAUCUACGAAGCCCAUGGAACUGGCACCUCCUUGGGAGAUCCCAUUGAGAUUUCUGCCGUGCGCAAGGUGCUCACGCAGCGCGAGCAUCCUGUGAUGGUUUCCUGCUCCAAGCCCAAUCUGGGACAUCUGGAGGGUGGAGCCGGAAUGUCGGCGUUCUGCAAGUGUGUUCUUGCCUGCAUGCAUGCUGAAGCUGCCGGGAACCAGCAUCUGAGAGUGCAGAAUCCAAACAUGGACAUUGAAGGUUGGCCUGCCUUCCUGCUGCAAGAAGCGGCGCCCCUGAAAUCCGAUGGCUCUUAUGUGGGUGUUAGUGGCUUUGGCUAUGGUGGCACCAACAGUCAUGCCUUGGCCUUCGGGCACAACGUAGUGACCUCUCGUGGUGACAACAAGAAGCGCUCUGAACAAGCCAUGCUCCAGCAGGUGCGCUUAGCUACGCCAGAGAUCAACAUGGUCGGGGAGAACUACGAGGACUGGCAGACGAGUGGCCUACCACACCUGUCGAUGAAGCCCGGGGCAUCCUUUGAAGUGACUAGGACGCCUGAAGAUCCUGACAGCUUCAAGCUUGGUUGA